AGCAAUUCAGGAAAAAACAUAGUUGCGACUGGUCCUUUGUCACAGUCUGACACGGUGACUUUUUGGAAGUUGUCACAGCAGUUACCCGUGACUUUUGAGUAACCGUAACAAAGUCACAGGUGCGCGAAUAUCUGCCACCUCUAUUAAAUAAUAUUAUUAAUGCUACAGAAAGAAGCGGUCGCAAUGGCAUAAAGAAGUCGAACUUCUUCUGGAUUGGUGGGAGGAGAAGUUGCUGCAACUUCGACGCUGCAAACGAAACUCCCAUGUAUAUACAGACAUGGCGGUGGAAAUGGCCACAAGGGGCUUUGUAUUUUCCGCGAAUGAAAUCAAAGUGAAAAUGCAUAAUUUAACCAAUAAAUAUAGAGAUGAGAAAAAGAUUGUUGGGCCUUCAGGCGGCACACCAUCUGCGUGGGAGUACUACAAUAAAGUGCACCAAAUCUUCGGCGUCUACAAGUCCUUUAACUUGGAAGCAAUAGUGGUGGAGUGUACAGGUUAGCACGGUGAAGUACUAUAAUCUUAUGCUUAUACACUGACUCACACUCAAAGUUGUUCUGUGAUCUAUUUACAAUAUUCACAAUAAGGCUUUUCAGGAUGA